AGCAACAAAAACAUGAAGUCCUUUAAAAUACAGCUAGUAUUAAAAUCAAGCCACUGCAUAAAGAAAGGAUGUCUUGUGUGCUGGUUAGCAGCUUCCCAGACGUGUUUCAGUUUGGCAAUCGUCUGUUCCUUACUAACUUUUCAGUUUGUCUCAGGUGCUGCGGACAAUUGUGAGACUAAUAAGAAACCAGAGCUGUUCAUCACAACGCCAGGAAAACUGGAAGCACUGAGUGGAUCGUGUCUGCAAGUCCCUUGCAACUUUUCUGCCAAAACAAGUGCAAGCUUCACGGGAAAAAACUUCGGGGUGUGGAUCAAAUCAGAUUCUCGAUUUAAAGACUUCCCAGAAAAUGUGAUUUUCAACAGCAGUGGGUCGACAAAAACGUAUCCGCUGGAAAUUACGGGGAACCUGGAGAGACAAAACUGCACAACUGUGUUUCAAAACCUAACUAGCGAACAUUCAGACGUAUACUUCUUCAGAAUUGAACAUACGCAGACCAAGGCAACAGCUUCCUGCAGUGGAUUUCACUUAACAGUCACAAAUUCUCCUUGGAGUCCCAGCAUUAAUGUUCCCUCUGACCUGAAGGAGCAUCAGUCUGUCACUGUAACCUGCUCAGCUUUCACUCCCUGUCCACACUCACCUCCUCAACUCACCUGGAAUCUCCAACAAGACUCUCUCAGACAAACAGAGAAAAACACAGAUGGAACCUUUACAACUAAAAUCCAGGAGAACAUCACUCUGUCAGACACACAUGAUGGAUACAACAUCAGAUGUUCUGCCAGAUAUCCUGUGAUUGGAGGAAACAAGACAGCAGAGACAGAAGUGACUCUCAGUGUUUCAUAUGCUCCUAGAAACACCUCAGCAUCCAUCAGUCCAUCAGGUUUGGUGUCAGCAGGUAGCUGGGUGGAGCUGAGCUGCUCCAGCAGAGCCAAACCUCCACCCAGAUUCACCUGGUUCAGGAUCAGCACAGAGGGAACAUUUAAUGUGUCUGUAGGCCAGGUUUACAGACUCCAGAGGACCAACAUGACAGACUUGGGAAGUUAUUACUGUGAGGCUGAAAAUAUUCUGGGGCGUCAGACAUCAACAUUGAGUCAUUUAAAAGACCAUGAUGCAUUGUGGGGAGCUGCUGCUGGGGGAUUUAUUGCGAUCUUCAUUGUGAUCUGUGUUGCUUACAUCCUUUGGCGCUUGAAGUUUAAACAUUCAGCUUUACAUCGGUUUCAGAAAUCGGGUUUACAAGAGCCUACCAGCACCGCAGAAAACCAGGACAUCCAUUAUGGAGACAUCGACUUCUCUGUGAUGAGACCGUCGCUUAAAACGGCCCGAGACGAGACAGACCAGCAGAAUGUUAUGUAUUCAGAAGUGAAUGUGUGCAGAACUGGAAACGGGACUGGAUCUGUGGACGGCCUCUACGCUCAGGUGAAGAAGAAUCCAGUCAAUCCACAUUUCACCUCGUGAAACUUUAUCUCACAGAUACGUUUGACUUUUUCUCUGAACUGUUCAAACACAAACAAUUGUUUUAAUUUUUUAACUGUGUGACGGUGGGACUGAUAUUUUGUGUUUCCUUCCACAAACUAUUCCCAGUAGUUUGCUGUUUGUGAAAAGAAAACUAUUGUGAGAGGAUUUAGACGUACGCGUAGGUUUACUGUCCAGUUAGACGACACAUUUAUUUCCAAGAUUUAACUUUCUGGUUGAUGUCUUGAGACGUUGGUUCAAUAUUUCCACAUAUUGCUCCUUUCUUAUGAAGCCAUCUUUUUUAUCUUUUUUUUUUUUAAGCGCACCAGUCCCUCCUGCAGCAAAGCAACCACGUGCUUCCAUCUCCAUGCUUUCUUCUUUCCUUUUUCCUCAAAAUGAAAUGUCAUUAUGCCCAACCGCUUCAACUAUAAAUUUAUCGGACUUCCGUCUUUUUUGUGCAAUUUAUGUCAAUUUUCCGAUCAUGUUGUGCAGUUCCACUCCUAACGACGCUCUCUUAUCCAGAGCACCUUUCAGAGAAACGCGUGUGAAGAAGGUUAAAGGGAAAUACUUGCUCUAGAAUGGACAACAUUGAUUUUGAAGGAAAAAAAGUGAGUCCAUGCUUUCAAUGAUCACAUAUUCACAGAUCAUGUACUAAUGAAUAAACCAGUCACAAAUGAGACAUAAUUGAUUUAUGCUGUAAAUAGAUUUUCACUUAAAUAAAAACAAAACAAAACAAGAAAAA